AUGUCUGAGAAACAAGAGUCCCCAUUGCAUACCGUUCACUUUGACGCAAGAUUCCCUCAGGUGAACCAAACUAUGCACUGCUGGCAAUCAUACGUGGAUUACCACAAGUGUAUCAAUAUCAAGGGCGAGGACUUUGCUCCAUGCAAGGUGUUUUUCAAGACGUACUCUGCUCUAUGUCCUUUGGACUGGGUUGAAAAGUGGGACGACCAGAGGACCAAGGGCAACUUCGCCGGUGACAUUAAGCCAUAA